UCUGGUACAGAUGAAAUUAGACAACUUAGACAUCUAGAAGCCUCUAACUCUGAAGAAAACAGUGAGGAGAAUGACAUACAGUCAGAAAGCUCCAGAGGGCAAGCAGUUAUUCCUAGGCGUCCGUUGGGGAGAGGACACAGACGUGGCCGUAGGGGAAGAAAUGCUAAUUUUUUCAGACAAAGAUACGCAGAAGAUUAUCCUCUACUGAGUCUGAUAAGACAAAUCAACAGAAACAAUCGAAGAAGGAGGAAUGGAAUCCAAUCAGAAGAGAGACAACUACAACAAGAAAGAAACCAACUUUUCUUCAGGAGAUUACAUGGCCUCCCCCGAUCUCGUGACCACCACAUUAGCAGACCUCAUGGCUACUAUUCCAGAAGAUCACAUAGCCAAUUCAGGAGAACUCCUGUUCACUUAGCUAGAUCUCAUGUCUACUCAGGUAGAACUGAUAAUUAUACAGAUAGACCACAUCAUGAGCUCUCAGUUAGACCACACCAUGACCUCUCAGUUAGACCACACCAUGACCUCUCAGAUAGACCAAACCAUGACCCCUCAGUUAGACCACAUCAUGGCCUCUCAGUUAGACCACACCAUGACCUCUCAGUUAGACCAAACCAUAACCUCUCAGAUAGACCACAUCAUGGCCUCUCAGAUAGACCAUACUGUGACCUCUCAGAUAGACUACACCAUGACCUCUCAAUUAGACCACACCAUGACCACUUAGUUAGACCACAUCACGACCUCUCAGUUAGACCACACCAUGACCUCUCAGAUAUACCACAUCAUGACCUCUCAGGUAGACCACACUGUAACUUCCCAGAUAGACCACACUAUGACCACUCAGUUAGACCACAUCAUGGCCUCUCAGUUAGACCACACCAUGACUUCUCAGAUAGACCACACCAUGACCUCUCAAUUAGACCACAUCAUGACCUCUCAGAUAGACCACACCAUGACCUCUCAAUUAGACUACACCAUGACCUCUCAGAUAGACUACACCAUGACCUCUCAAUUAGACCACAUCAUGACCUCUCAGGUAGACCACACCAUGACUACUCAGUUAGACCACUUCAUGACAACUCAAGUAGACCAUUUUAUGACCAUUCAGUUAGACCACUUUAUGACCACUCAGGUAGACCACACCAUGACCAUUCAGUUAGACUACCUCAUGACCUCUCAAAUAGACCACACCAUGACCACUCAGUUAGACCACUUCAUGACCUCUUAGUUAGACCAUAUCCUACCCUCUCAGGUAGACCAUACUAUGACCACUCAGUUAGACCACAUCAUGACCUCUCAGAUAGACCAUUUCAUGACCUCUUUGUUAGACCACAUCAUGACCUCUCAAAUAGACCACUAAAUGACCUCUUUGUUAGACCACUAAAUGACCUCUCAGUUAGACCACAUCAUGACCUCUCAGGUAGACCACAUCAUGACCUCUCAAAUAGACCACUAAAUGACCUCUUUGUUAGACCACAUCAUGAUCUCUCAGUUAGACCACUAAAUGACCUCUCAGGUAGACCACAUCAUGACUACUUAAGUAGACCACCUCAUGACCACUCAGGUAGACCACCUUAUGACCACUCAGGUAGACCACCUUAUGAUCAUUCAGGUAGACCACACUAUGAGCACUCGGAUAGACCACUUCAUGACCUCUUUGUUAGACCACAUCAUGACCUCUCAGUUAGACCAUACCAUGACCUCUCAGUUAGACCAUAUCAUAACCAUGCAGGUAGGUUUCAUCAUGGCCACUCAGAUAGAUUUCAUCUUACCCAUACAGAGAGAGCUCUUCCUAGCCACACAGAGAGAGGGGGAGCUUAUAAUGGCCAUGCAGGAAGAGUUCAUAACAACCAGACACGGAGAGCUCGUAACAACCGGUCACGCAGAGCUCGUAACAACCGGCCCCGACGAAAUCGUAAUAACCAGUCAAGGAGAGGUCGCAACGGGUCAUGUACAGAUCGUUAUGGCCGCUCAAUGAGAGCUGUUAGCUUGGAGUCAUGGAUGCAUCAUGAAGGAGAAAGAUACCAUGGUCGAAGAGGAAGAAAUGGAACAAGGGAUACACCCCCACCAGAAUCUGAGCCUGAAACUGACAGAUCUUCUGCAAUAAGAGAAAGGACUGAAUAUUUAUUGGCACUGGAACAGCGAAGAAAUGAGAUGUUUGAUCUGAAUGGGAGGAUUGAAGACAGCUACAGCAGUGCUGAAGAGAGUGACGAAAGUUUUGAUAGUUGCUGGAGACCUGAAGUUGAUGCUGAAUUUGUUGAUGGUUCAUAUACCUCAAUUAAGACUCUAACACGUCACCCAAAAGGAGUAAGACUGAACUUCGAUGUUGGAGCACAAACUAACCGGACUAAUCUAUCGCUCCAUGCUAGAUUCACCAUACUAAGGAACCUGAGAGAAGCCAGAAUGAACAAUACAAUGGGAAGACCUGGAGAGUAAACCGCCUUUUCCUGUCAGGUGUUGGCUGCUCGCUAAUUGCACUGAACCACACUUGAGAGUAUACAUAUAUUCAUAUAAUGUUGGACUUUUGACUUCUUGUUAAUGUACUUUCUUAGGAUUAGAUGUUAGGAUUCUGUUCAUACGAAGCAAUUUGAAGGAAAAGUGUUGAGCACUAUUUGCAUAAAAGAACAAGGAGAUGAGCAAGAAGAAAGCUGAAUUCAAUGGGGUUAUUUUUUUAGAUAUUUUCUUUAUUUGCAUGUAAAUUUCUCCAUUCCCAGUUUCCCCUCCA